AUGAGGAGCUUGAGAGUAUCCUUUCCCUUUUCUAUGGUAUGCAUUGUCCCCUUAUUCCUUAUUAUGCAGCUAAGCUUCAAAGCUCCAUCCAUUGAUGUUGCCAGUGCCACAACCGCUGGUGGGAAUGAGACGGAUCAUCUUGCUUUGCUAGAAUUCAAAGCAAAGAUUGUGCAUGACCCUCAAAAUGCCACUAGUUCAUGGAACGAUUCUGCCCAUUUCUGCAACUGGGAAGGAGUCACAUGUGGUCGGAAACACAAAAGAGUCACUAUCUUGGACCUUAAUUCUAAAGGCUUGGUGGGUACUUUGUCUCCUUACGUAGGAAACAUGAGUUUUCUUAGGGAGAUUACCCUCUACAACAACAGCUUACAAGGUGAAAUCCCUUCUGAGCUAGGCCGUUUGUUCAGGUUGCAAGUUUUAUAUCUCAACAAGAACUCUUUUGAAGGGAAAAUCCCGUCCAACUUGUCUGAAUGCUCCAACAUCAUGUUACUUGGGUUAGCUUACAACAAGCUGGUUGGAAAUAUCCCAGUGGAGCUUGCCACUCUGUCUACGCUCAGAAAAAUUUUAAUUCAUUUUAAUUAUAUGAGCAAUGGCAUACCUCCAUUUCUGGGAAAUUUUAGCUUACUAGAAGUUUUGUCUGCCGGUGGCAAUUUCUUUGGUGGAAGUAUCCCAGAUUCCUUGGGCCAACUCAAGUACUUGUCAGCUAUUGCACUUGGUGGCAAUAAUCUCUCAGGUAUCAUCCCUCCAGCCAUUUAUAAUAUUUCCUCCAUCAUCCUCUUGAGUGUGGCUAAUAAUUCGCUUCAUGGAAGUCUUCCACCAAAUAUAGGCCUCCUCCUGCCUCAUUUGCAGAAGUUGCAAAUGUGGGGAAACCACUUUACUGGAUCCAUUCCAGUGUCAUUAUCAAAUGCCUCAGAACUGUUAUACAUUGCUUUACUAGAUAAUAAUUUCACUGGAAAAUUAGAUGUUGAUUUUGGAGGACUGCAAAGACUUGGGGAAUUAAAUUUGCACGGUAAUCAUCUUGGAAGCGGGGGCGAUAACAGUUUGGAUUUUAUCAUUUCUUUGCUGAAUUGUAGCAAUUUGAAAUUGGUUGAGAUAGCUAGCAAUCAGUUUCAAGGAGUGUUGCCAAAUUUUGUGGCCAAUAAUAUAUCUACACCAAUUGAAUGGCUAGCAAUGGAGUACAAUCAAAUAGGUGGACGCCUCCCUCCAUGGUUAUCAAUGCUUGUUAGCUUAUCGCAUCUGGAUAUAGGAUUUAACCAAAUUACAGGCACUAUUCCCAUGGAAAUAGGUAGCCUCUCAAGACUACAACGAUUAUAUCUUGACAGUAACAGAUUAACUGGACCAAUUCCUCCAUCCAUAGGAAACUUAUCAUUGAUGGAGCUUUAUUUGAGCAAAAACCAUUUACGAGGUGUCAUCCCUUCCAGCCUUGAUAAUAGCCACACCUUAUUAUUUUUAAUGCUUUCUCAUAACAACCUUAAUGGGACCAUACCAAAACAACUUUUUGCUACCCAAUCCAUGCUAGUUUCCUUAGCACUAGAUCAGAACCAUUUAGUUGGAUCCCUCCCGUUAGAAAUUGGUAAUUCAUUCAAUUUGAAUGAAUUGGAUAUAUCCCAAAACUUGUUGUCAGGCGAAAUUCCAAUUGAUAUUGGCCGAUGCAAUAGCCUUUUGACCCUUUACAUGCACCAUAACAACUUUGAAGGUACCAUACCUCCAUCUUUUGCUUCUUUGAGAAGUCUUGAAAAAAUUGAUCUAUCUCACAACAAUUUCUCUGGUGAGAUUCCAAAAUAUCUAGAGAAAUUUAGAUUGGAAUAUAUCAAUUUGUCAUUCAAUAAUUUUGAAGGUGAGGUUCCCAUCAAAGGAGUUUUUGCAAACUUUAGUGCAAUAUCAAUUGUAGGAAACAAUAGGCUUUGUGGGGGUAUAUCAGAACUACAGUUGCCAAGAUGCCCUGUUGAAGGAUCAAAAAGAAGAAAAUUCCAUCUUGUCAAUCUAGUUGUGAUCAUCAUGUCAUGCAUCUUUGGCAUAAGCAUGCUGUCAACUGCCAUGUAUUGUUGGUUCAAGAAGAAGAAAAGAGGGCAUUCUCCUGCUUCGCCACAAAUGAAGUCAUUUCAGAAAAUUUCGUAUCAAAUGAUUCUCAAGGCAACAGAUGGAUUCUCUUCAACAAAAUUGAUUGGUGUGGGAAGCUUUGGAUCUGUCUAUCAAGGCUCUUUUGCAGAGGAUGGGGUAACCUUUGCAGUGAAACCUUGA